CCAUACUAAUGGGCCUAAAUGCUAGAUGUUCCGGCCAUUAUUAUGGCUUAAACCCUACCUCGGGGUGGGUUUAUCUCUCUCUCCAAGGCGCGCGAAUCGCUAACGCUUUAUCUUUCACGACACGUUUUCCUCCUGUCGGAUUCUGCUCUGCUAUAUACCUCUGAAAAAUGUCUAACGAUUCUAGUGCUGAACCGGCUGCUGGUUCUUCGGGUUCUAAUGAGAGCGUUACCAAGAUCGAGCCGAUACGGAUGCCAACCAUCGAGGAGAUGCGAGCCCAAGAGGUUUGGAACAACUGCGCCGUCAAAAGUGUAGCUAGUGGAGUCAUGGGAGGAGGGCUUGGGUUGAUGAUGGGUUUGUUUAUGGGAGCAUUGGAUAAUCCUAUUAUGCAUGAUACGAUGACUGGUAGACAGCAGUUUGUGUACACGGCGAAACAAAUGGGGCAAAGGAGUUGGAGCUCUUGCAAGACUUUUGCGGUUAUGGGUUUGGUUUACUCAGCUGCUGAAUGCAUUGUCGAGAAGGCAAGAGCAAAGCAUGACAUAAUAAACACCGCUGUUGCUGGAUGUGUGACCGGCGGUGCAAUGUCUGCCCGAGGUGGGCCAAAAGCUGCGUGUAUGGGCUGUGUUGGGUUUGCAACUUUCUCAGUACUCAUAGAGAAGUUCUUCGAUAGGCAUACGUAAACCCAACAAUAUAUCUAACAAGUAACAAGCACCAUUGCUGUUUCUCAUUCCUUUCCGUGAUCGUGAUACAGACAGGGAGAGGGGAAUCUAGGAUUAUAUUUUUGAAACAUAGAAAGAAGUCAGACUUCAUUUGAUUUAAUAUUUGUUCAGCUAUUGUCAUUAUUUUAUUUUAUCAUAGUUUUGAUUACCCUCAGGCUCCA